AUUGGGAGAUCUAAUAAUAAGUCCGAUCGAUGUCAUCGCUGGUCGCCAUCCGCCAUUUUGUCACUCCUGUGCGCUGACUCGGCCACCUGGCCCGUUUUAUUCUCGGCCUCUACGCUCUAGUCGCAUCUUGCUUUUCUGUCAAUGCCGUUCAAGUCUGUUGUCGCACCCAGAACAUUUACUCACUCGUCAUAUCCAGACAGGCCUUUCUUAACUGCCUUCGAGCGGAUCCAUCCCCAUCGCUUCAAAGCUUGACUCCGUCCGUCCUCGUACCACGGUCUCUUCCGGUAAACAUGGCAUACUACGAGCCUCAGGGUUGGCAGGCACCGGCCGCGCGCCAGGCCUCUUGGGAGCAACCUGCUCCCCCAUCGCGGUCAGGAUCGAGUUCCGUCUCCCAGCGUGACGAAAUCCCGGCGUUUUCUUCUCAGUUCGAUGAGGUCGACCGUGCUAUUGACAACCUCGUCAAGAGUGGAAAGCUGUGGGCUGCACCCCGGAGGGAUUCCAUGCCCAUGAUGAUGGGCCGUCCCUAUCCCGACUACGAUCCCCGCAUGGUCAACUCAAUGAGCCAGCGUCAUCACUCGAUCAGCGAGUUCGAUUCUCGGAUGCAUCCCAGUCCCAAUGUCCAGGGCUUCUAUGCCUCUCAGCGAUUCCAGGGUCGCCCCAAUGAAGUAGAGCAAAUGAUGCAAGCGAAGCGUCGGAUGGCAGCACAGCGUGAGAGGGAGCUCCGCAACUAUCACCAGGAGCAACAGUACAACCGAAGCCUGCUUGCCGAAAUGUCUGGAAACAAGUCCGAUCGCUCCCUCAGCCCGGCCGCCAUGAGCGAAGAAAGCCGCCGGGAACUACUCGCUCGUCAGCAUAGGGCUUUAUACGGCAACGACAGCCCUGCCUUCUUCCCUCCCGCCGGUCUCGCCGAUGACGGCACACGCUCCGAAAGCCAGGCAGGUGGCACGCCGACUUCCUCGACCGGCGUCCGUGGUGCAUCCCCCCGCAACGUUGAUCCGUUCGGUCUCGCACAGACCCCGGUUCAGGCUGGCGCCGACAGUCUCGGUCAGACUGCAGCCAGCGCUGCCUCCCUGCAGUCGCCUUCUCGUGCCAACAGCACCUCCUCCCCCAGCUCUGCCAUCAACCCUGUUUUUGGCAAAUACGACAGUGCCGACCAGCCUGUAACCUCGACAUCGUCUCCCGGCGGUGCUGAUUCUCCUUCCUCGAGACAAGCUCCUUCCAAGUCAAUGGCUGGGCCGAUUGGCUCCGUUGGCCCCAUUGGAACCCGUCCUUUGCCCCAGCCUCAUGCGGGACAGGUAUCUAACCCGGCGCUGAACAAGCGCUCCACGACUCCGCUGCCCUCUCCCCUGGGAUUCGGUUUCACUCCAGGCGAUGCCGCUUCGGAUCGUUCUGUUCCCUCCGUGUCGACCGCACCCACUACUGCGGCUGCGACUGCUAGUGUCAAGGAUACAUCCGGGGGAGUUGGCCUUGGCUGGGGCAACGGCAGCGGUGUCUGGGGUUCCAAGAACGGUCUCGGAGUUCAGGCCUCGGUCUGGGGUUGAAUAACAAUGGGCGGAUAACCAACAUCACGCAUUAUUUGUUCGGCAUGUGUUCGCUUCUGUGCUGUGGCGUUUUAAGAGAGGGGUUUCGUUUUGAUACUAUU